GUGUCCCCGGCCGGUUUUGGGGGGUGCGUUGCCCGGAGACGGAAAGUUUGGGAGCCGAAGCAGGCAUUGCUGCGGCCCUGGGGAGGGUGUCCAGGGGGCGGUGGCCCUGGGGAUGGGGAAGGAGCAGGAGCUGCUGGAGGCGGCCCGCACCGGGCACCUCCCGGCCGUGGAGAAGCUGCUGUCCGGGAAGCGGCUGUCCUCUGGCUUCGGGGGUGGCGGUGGCGGCUCCGGAGGCGGUAGCGGCGGCGGCGGAGGCUCUUCGAGCCAUCCCCUCUCCAGUCUGCUCAGCAUCUGGAGAGGGCCCAACGUGAAUUGUGUCGACAGCACCGGUUACACCCCUCUGCACCACGCCGCUCUGAAUGGCCACAAGGAUGUGGUCGAGGUUCUUCUGAGGAAUGACGCCCUGACCAAUGUGGCUGAUUCUAAAGGCUGUUACCCUCUGCACUUGGCAGCCUGGAAAGGAGAUGCCCAGAUAGUGCGGCUGCUCAUCCAUCAAGGGCCCUCACACACCAAAGUCAAUGAACAGAAUGCUCUUGAGAUCAAAGAACUCAAAAAGUACGGCCCCUUUGACCCUUAUAUCAAUGCCAAGAACAAUGACAACGAGACAGCCCUGCAUUGCGCAGCACAGUAUGGCCACACGGAGGUGGUGAAGGUCCUCCUGGAGGAGCUAACAGACCCCACGAUGCGCAACAACAAAUUCGAGACGCCCCUGGACCUGGCUGCGCUCUACGGGAGACUGGAGGUGGUGAAGAUGCUCCUCAACGCACACCCCAACCUCUUGAGCUGCAACACUAAGAAGCACACCCCUCUGCACCUGGCAGCCAGGAAUGGCCACAGAGCUGUGGUCCAGGUGCUCCUGGAGGCUGGCAUGGACAGCAACUACCAGACGGAGAAGGGCAGUGCUUUGCAUGAGGCUGCUUUGUUUGGCAAGACCGAUGUGGUGCAAAUCCUGCUGGCUGCAGGAAUUGACGUCAACAUAAAAGAUAACCGUGGACUGACUGCCCUAGACACGGUGCGGGAGCUGCCUUCUCAGAAGAGCCAGCAGAUAGCAGCACUAAUUGAAGAUCACAUGACUGGAAAAAGAACUGCGAAAGAGCUAGAUAAAACGCCCACAGCCCAGCCGUCUGUCAUCCCCAGUGCAGACUCCAUACCCCAGAAGUCUCAGGGUGACGUGGAGAAGGCAGUGACUGAGUUGAUCAUCGAUUUUGAUGCAAGCACUGAAGAGGAGGGUCCCUACGAGGCGCUGUGCAACGCCGUCUCCUGCCACUCAUUGGACAGCGUGGCCAGCGGGCGAUCAUCAGACCGGGACUCUGGCAGCAAGGAGGCUGAUGCCGCAGCAGUGAAAGCUGCUGGAGUGAGGCCUAGGGAACGCCCACCGCCUCCAGCAAAGCCCCCGCCGGACGAGGAGGAGGAAGACCGCACAGAUAACAAGCAUUUCCCCCUGGCAGCUUCUGAGGCCUUGGCCAUGAGAGCCCGGAUUCAGGGGAGUGCAGCCAGGGAAGAGGAUGAGCAUCCCUAUGAGCUGUUGCUAACAGCAGAAACAAAGAAGCUGCCAGCAGUGGACGGAAAAACAAAAGACCACAGGCAGAGCAGCUGCAGCCGGAGCCAGGACUCUGCAGAGGGGCAGGACGGGCAGGUCCCAGAGCAGUUCUCGGGGCUCCUCCACGGCUCCUCCCCGGUGUGCGAGGUGGGGCAGGACCCUUUCCAGCUGCUCUCUGCCACUGGCCAGAGCCAUCCAGAAGGGUCCCUCACACAGGGCACCUGCCACGAGACCAGCAUGCAGCUGGAGGAGCCGGGUGUGCACGCUCCUGGAGGCUCCCCGCCCAGUGUCCUGGACCAGAGUAAGAGAGUGGGCUACCCAGCAGGCCUGCCCACCACUAACAGCCAAUCGCACCCCGAAACUUUGACUCACACAGCGUCUCCACACCCUGGUGGUGCUGAGGAAGAAGGAGACCGGAGUGGGGCCAGAAGCUGGGUCCCUCCCACCAGCAAACCCAAAGCCGAACUCAAACUCAGCCGCAGCUUGUCCAAGUCUGACUCCGAUCUCCUGACCUGCUCACCCACGGAGGACGCUGCGAUGGGGAGCCGGAGCGAGUCUUUGUCCAACUGCAGCAUCGGGAAGAAGAGGCUCGAGAAGUCGCCCUCUUUCGCCUCAGAGUGGGAUGAGAUUGAGAAAAUCAUGAGCUCCAUUGGAGAAGGGAUUGACUUUUCUCAGGAGCAGCAAAAGAUCUCAGGUUCGCGGACGCUGGAGCAGAGCGUCGGGCAGUGGCUGGAGGCGGUGGGGCUGCAGCAGUAUGAGAGCAAGUUGCUGCUGAAUGGCUUUGACGAUGUCCGCUUCCUGGGGUCUAACGUGAUGGAGGAGCAGGACCUGCGGGAUAUUGGCAUCAGUGACCCACAGCACCGCCGGAAGCUGCUCCAGGCUGCUCGGUCCCUGCCCAAGGUGAAGGCCCUGGGCUAUGACGGGAACAGUCCCUCAUCAGUGCCCUCCUGGCUGGACUCCCUGGGGCUGCAGGACUAUGUCCAUUCCUUCCUGUCCAGUGGCUACAGCUCCAUCGACACUGUGAAGAACCUCUGGGAGCUGGAGCUCGUCAACGUUCUAAAGGUUCACCCGCUCGGCCAUCGCAAGCGCAUCAUCGCCUCCCUUGCAGACAGGCCCUACGAGGAGCCGCCCCAGAAGCCCCCGAGGUUUUCCCAGCUUAGGUGCCAAGACCUGCUCUCCCAGACAUCGUCCCCUCUGAGCCAGAGCGACUCGUGCACCGCACGGUCUGCGGACCUGCUGCUUCCUCCUGGGGACACAGGCAGAAGGCGGCAUGACAGUCUUCCCGACCCCACAGCACCCUCUCGAGCAGAGCGCUUCAGAAUGCAGGAAGAGCACCGCGAAGCCAGGCUGACCCUCCGGCCCCCGAGCCUUGCUGCCCCCUAUGCCCCUGUGCAGAGUUGGCAACACCGGCCAGAGAAACUCAUCUUUGAAUCCUGCGGUUAUGAAGCCAAUUAUCUGGGCUCCAUGUUGAUCAAAGAUCUUCGAGGGACGGAAUCCACACAAGACGCCUGUGCCAAGAUGCGGAAAUCCACGGAGCACAUGAAGAAGAUCCCCACCAUCAUCCUGUCCAUCACCUACAGAGGCGUCAAGUUCAUUGAUGCCUCCAACAAGAACGUCAUUGCCGAGCAUGAGAUCCGGAACAUUUCCUGUGCAGCCCAGGACCCGGAGGACCUCUGCACGUUCGCCUACAUCACCAAGGACCUGCAGACCAGCCACCACUAUUGCCACGUUUUCAGCACAGUGGACGUGAACCUGACCUACGAGAUCAUCCUGACGCUGGGGCAGGCGUUCGAGGUGGCCUACCAGCUGGCCCUGCAGGCCCAGAAGUCCAGGCCGAUGGGUGCCUCUGCCGCUGAGAUGAUCGAGACAAAAUCUUCCAAACCGGUGCCUAAGCCUCGUGCCGGCAUGAGGAAGUCAGCAGUGCCGCUGCCCCCUGCUAGUCGCUGUUGUUACUGUUACACCUGCACCACCCAUCGUCCUUCUUACCUACCGCUGCCAUCCGUUAGUCCUGGAGUCAAGCUGGAGCCGCCUGACAUGGACCCAGACACCCAGUCCCAUGCCAGUGUCUCCUGGGUGGUGGACCCCAAACCAGACUCUAAGCGGAGCCUCAGCACCAACUGCUGAUGCCGGGCCCCGCCCCGGGACCUGCUCUGCUCCUGGGCAGCAGCUGCAGACACUGCACUCACAGCUUGUACCUACCACCGGACACUGUGAAUCCCCCGGGCAAGGCCAGCUUGGGGGCUGAGCCACUGAGGAACCGGCUGUGCUGCGGAAACACAGGCGUGGGGAGCGCAGGCUUCCGCCGCCACCACCUCACCAUCCCACCUGCAGCUCUGAAGACCCAGGCCGGCCUCUGCCCGGGGGACCUCUCUCCGCCGUCUGGCCUGGGCCCGCCCCGGGCCCUGCAGAGCGAGCCCUGCGCUGGCCGGGGACCACUGUGGGCCUCUGGCCGAGGAGACUGGAACUCCAGAGGGUCAAGAAGUAAUUUGUCCAGAACACAUUUUUUAAUAGAAAAUUUGUUUUAUAAAAUGAACUUUUAACACUUGGCUCUGACCUCUAGGUUAAACUGCCAACUUCUCGACAGUGGCCAUAGGAUCGGAGGACAGGGGAGCUGAGAUCGGUCAAGGCCAGUCUCUCCGGCUUCUGCCUGAGGACAGGAUUUUGGCCCGAGCUCCAGUGGGUGUGCCGAGAAGGCAGCGGCCUGUGGGCAGUGGAAAGGGUGGGCACGGGCAGAAGUGACUCCGCAUUGUCAGUGUCUGCGUCCCAGCCCACCCGCGUUAGACACGCUGUUCCCUACAGCCCUCACCCUCCUCGUCCCCGCCUGGGCCUGGACACGGCCGGAGAGGCCCCUGGCAGCAGCAACACUUCUGGUCUGUGUCGGGUUCCAGAAGUAAAGGUCGGGGGCCAAAUGGCGAAGGGCAAGCAGUUCUGGGGCCAUGAAGCCGGAGCCAGUGCCUGGAGCUCGGGGCGCCCCUCAGCCUCAUGCCUGCCGCUGGUCGGAGCCGGGCCCUGGGCUGCCCGGCCCACGGCUCUCUGGUGGUGACGUCCGACAGGCUGGGUUGAGUCAGAAAGGAGGAAAAGCAGCUUCAUUUUGGGCAUUAAUGGGCAGGUCGGCUGAGAUUGCUACCUGCCAAUUUGUGAUUUGUUUAAUCAGGUCUCUGUGAUUAGGACUCGCUGUCUCUGAGUUAGUGGUUUGACUGUUAUAUUUUCAUCUGCUGGCUCGUCCCUGGCUCCGGGUGUAGGAAAGGCAGAGGUGACAGUGUGGUUCUCCCAUGUGGCCUUCAGGGCAGGCUGGUGUCUGGGUGCUCCGCUGUCCCUGCGGCCCCCCGGAGCUUGCUUUGCUUUUUAACUGUGGGUGUGCUCUGGGGUGUAGUGAAACAAGAGGCUGGUUGCUGUGAGGCCAAGAGGCAGAGCCAGGUCAGCUGAUUGUCCGGUACCUUACAGAGCAGGGCGCACUCCUCACGCUUCUCGGGCACAGCUCGGCCUGCCCGGCUCCGGAAGUCCAGGCCUCGGCAGCACGCCUCUGCCCAGGGAGGGUGGGCGUUGAAACUCGCGGCUGGCGCGCAUGUGCAGGGAGGCCUCUCUGGGCCCAUUCACGAGCCCACGGUUGGCCAAACACUGAAAGCAGGGCCGUGUCCUCCUGCUGACGUGGGCUGGGCCCUAGCAGUCACCUCCCUCUGGAGCAGUGGUGAGUGAUCCUCUGCUUUUUGGUACUAAACAGGAACCUCGACACCCAGAGGUCUGGCCUGCUUUCUUCAGGGGGUGCCCAGGACCGGAGACGGCAGGCACACAGUGCCGCUGCAGGGCUCCGAGAUCCGGGAGGGCCAGCCCGUCUGGGGACCCUCUGGGUGUGGUGGUGGGCCCAAAAAGAAAACUGUGUAGACACUACGAUGAGCUCUCCAGCCUUGUGUUUUUAAGUCACAUGCAGGCAAUCCUCCCCCUCAAAGCUGCUAUAUCUUCUUUAUUUAUUCAGGGUAUUUUCACAUGGGAGAGCCUUGGCUGAUCUGCUUUGGCUCUGGAUCUUGUUUUGAGAUUGGUUUACUUCUGAAAGCUAAUCUGCUUUGGCUCUGGAUUUUGUUUUGAGAUUGGUUUACUUCUGAAAGGAAAGGACCGGUUCUUCUUUUCUUUUUUACUCUCCUCUGGGGUAGGUGCUCUCCCUUCCCUAGAAAGAAAUAGUGUGACUGCGGACAGGCCUCACGUGGGAGAGCCCCUGCUCCUGCCCGUCUCCGCGUCUCUGAGCUGUGGGAGCCUGUUCAGCUGGGACUGUGGGGUUGGUCCCCGUCGCCGGCUGCGGGCUGUCCCAUUGCCUCUCUUCUGCUUGCCAGCCACUCUGAGCACGGCUGCCCUCCGGGCGGGCCCCUCUCCGGCUUCCAGCAUCGGACUGUAGGGUGAGUUGCUUGAGAAUUCUCGGGCUGGGCAGGCAGCUGCUGGUCGUGGUCUGCUAGACGCUAGAAAGCUGGUCUGACCUUGGUCUGUCCUUGAGAUGCCCUGGCUUGCAGGAUGAUUGUCACAAAAGUAUUGUUGCUGAUGGUGUGGCAACGGGACUGAAUUGUAAUAAAAAUGUUAUUUAAUCUUUGUCUCUGUAUUUUGAUACUUGAAUGACCUCCCCCUUUAUUUUACUGUACAUACACUUGUCGAUCUGUCCAGCCAUGUCCGGACUACGAACAAACACCUGGUGGUACCAGACGUGACCGACCUGUGCGACAACGUAGACUGACCUCACUACAUGAGCGUGUACAUAUUCCCGGGCUUCCAGCUUUGGUUUUGUUAUUUUCACAACUGUACAACUUAGAGCAGACUGAAUCAAUAAAUGAGAAGCGACACAAAA